GUUCAUAGUCUUCCCCUGUGCUUAGACUGUCCAAAAUAGAAACAAGAAGGCAUGCAACCUUGGGCACAGCAGGGGCACAGGAAUAACUGCAUCCUCUUUUUCUGGGUUCUAAGUGUGGGAUCAUUUUAGAAAGUUGGAGAAAUGCUCAGUGUUAUGUACUUUCUGCGGAGCUUCUUCAAGACCCCACAACCAAGUGACGACUCCAGCAAUAAAAUAGACUUUCAUGAUGAUGUCAACGUGGAGCCAGGUUCACUCGAGCUAGGAUCUUUCAGCCAGGACCAAGAUGAAGAUUAUUUUGAAGCCCGGUCAUAUUUUAGUGACAGCCCAACAGAAAUUAAGAGUGAAGUCUUUGAAAGCAUUUCAGACAUUGAGUCAGUUUCUAGUGACACAACUGAAGAACUAAACAGAGGGUUUGAUUGCAAUUUCUUGGGAAGAGGGGAAUCCGCGUGUUUCGAAACAAAAGAAAAAAAUGCAUGUAAUUCUAAAAACACAAACGAACCAGGGUGUAGACAGCUAGAUCAGACAGAGUAUUCUUCCAGUUUACAGUCAAAACAAUUGCUUUUGCAAUCACAUUCAACAUUUGAAUGUAAAGUACUAGAUGCAGACUUGACGGGGCACCUGGACCAGGAACUCACUGAACUAAAACAUAUAACAAAUACAAAUUCCAUACCAAGGGAAGAAACAUGCAAUAAUGAUAUUACAGUUAAUGGAUUGCAUAGCAUAGUGGCAGACUGUGAAAAUCAGACCAAUUGUUUGGUAGCCUCAAAUGUACUUGAAGAAGUGAGAAAUGCUCAAUUAAAAGGAGUGGGUGCCAUACCAAAAUCCGACGACUGCCUUUUUUGCACACAAUCAGAGACGUGCACUGUAAUACAGGAAAGUGAAUCUUUGCCUGAUAUUUCUUUUACAAACACAAUAACAAAUUGCACAAGCCACACUAAUUGCGAUUAUGUAAUUAAAGGGAAAACAAGUAAAAUUACAAACUCUCAGCUCAACGAGAACACAUCUAUUACAACAGAAGCGCACAAGGAUACAUUUUUCAUGAAGACAAACUUUCAAGCAGGAGAACAAGUGGAUAUUAAUAGGCCUUCAGAUACAACAAAAAGCCACGUUUCUCAGCCAUGUUCAGAAGAAAAUACUUUAUCAGAUGCCAGCAAUAAUGUGUACUAUAAAGCCUCCUAUUAUGUAGUUGCUGAUGGCGAAGAAGUAGAACCAAACUGUUAUACUGCCUCAGACAGAGAUGAAUCCAGACACAGGGACAUUGUAAGUGUUGCUGAUUCUGUUGGUGCAACUUGUUCAGUGCAAGAAAAAUCCUUUGAAUCAGGGCACAUCAAGGACAAGCAGGGAGAAGGACACUGUCAGGGUAAAAUCUCAGCGGCACAUGCAAUACUUAAAGAUUCCCCUAUGAAUAAUUAUUCUGAAAAGGCAGAUAUUUGUACCUUGUCAGGUGAGGGAAACCUUAAGCCCCUUAUUAUAAUAUCCAUUGAACGUACCGAUGCUCAAGCAACCCGCAAUGCAGUGGAGCAUACAGACACUGUAAGAAAACUGAGUGUUGGGUCUGGUGAGGAUUCAAAUGAUAACAGAGCCAGCUUUAUCCAGGAGGGCUCCUAUGAAGUCUCUGAUGGAGAUAUUAGAGAAGAUUGCAAACAGGAGGUGAACAACUCAUACGGUAAAGAAGAAAAUAUUGUGACUGAUGCACAUAAAGUUAUGAAACCUGCAAUUCUGACAUCUGAUGAUGUCAAUAAUGAUGUAAUGGCUCUUCAUGCAAACCUAGAAGUGUGUUCAGGCACUAGGGACAAGCUUGAUGGACCAGUUGUAGAACAUAAUUUUAUGGAAGAAAUGAAGAACUGUACAUCAGAUUAUGAUGCAAAAACUAUGCAGUUGGAUAAAGAUGAUAGUCUAGAGGAAUAUGAUGAAAGUUUUAAGGAGUUCUCAUACACUGAUCUAGACUUAGAUUAUAUCUUCAAUGAAGAUCCCGUAACUAGCCUUGAACCCCCAAAUUCCAAUAUUUGUGACAAUGGGGAAAUACAUUGUGAAUAUUUACUUGAGAAACAAAAUAAAGAUGAGUUGUCGACAGUAGACAAGCAGGAGAACCUAGCAGCUGUGUUCGAUUCAAAAAAUAUGAUCCAUUUGGUCGUAGAACAAGAAAAUGCGAAUAAUUGCAGGGGUAGCAAUAAUGAGGAAGCUCCGGGCAGCAUCGUUCAUUUUGUGGAAAGUGACAGCACGUUUCACAAAGUUCUACUGCAGGAAAAUAAAAUGGAAAAUGGGAACGACCCUCCUGAACUGUCCUCCUUUAAUGAAAUAUCAAUAGGAAGCAACAUGCAUUCAGAAAGCCAGGAGAAAGAAAACAAGCAAUCACAAGUAACCGAUCAGAAAAAUAAUGAAAAGCUUGAAAGUCUACAACCUUUUAACAUUUCUUUAAAAAGUGGUGGACAUUUAGCAAAAGUAUGCAAAGACGAACAUACUUCAGACUUUUCUGAUGAUGAUUUCUGUGAAAGCACAUUUUUAUACAAUAGAAGCAUGAGAAAGGCAUCAGCAAACGGGAGAAUAGACAUAGAUAACUUUGCCAAAUUUAGAAACAGUGUUUCAAAUUUAAGUAUGUCUGAACCACCAGAAAUGCCACAGGACCAUGAUCUACAAAAAUUAGAAAACCAGGAAUCAAGAAGUAUCAAAAAUGCAGAAAGCAAAAGACUAAAGGAAAGACUGUCAAGGGCUCACAAAUCAUUUUCAAGUCUCUUUGACUUUAAGAAUUUGGAUAAAGAAAAUUCAGCCCAGAGUUUAGAAAGUCUACCUAAAGAGGAAAAGAAAAAGAUAAGGCCCCAGCAUAUGUCAUGGAGACCACUUCGCAAAAACAAAGGUCAAGACUCGUCCAAGAGGUUGAGUGUAUUGAAUUUAUCAACACAUAUUAUAAACUCAAACAAGUUAAGAAGACCAUCCAAGGACAAACAGGAGAAUACUAAUGAAAGCUCAUCACCAGUGCUAGAGUCACCAAGCAGUUUCUCUGGAGACACAAACCAUGAUUCAUUGGAAUCUAGUGAAGACAACUCCGUCGAGGGGAAUUCAGAGACUCCCUCAAGUGACAAAUCAAUUACACAGUCUCCUUUUAGGUGCGGUGCUACUUUAGAGAUUUCUAGUGAAGAAUCCACCAGUUCUUCAUUUUCUAACACAAAUGAACAGCAGACAAUAAGUAGACCAUCAUCUACUUCAUCUUUUGCUAACACAUUUUCAAAUUAUAUUGAUUCAAUGCCUUGUCGACCCAUGAGUCCAAAACCCCGCAGCCAAUGGCCCAACUUUCAGCGUAAGAGCUUGCAUAAUUCCAAGAUCAGCGCAACAUCUAUGACUUCUUUGGGAAAUUGUUCUCCAGUAGAAGGAUUCUCAGAUUCACCAGACCUAUCUAAAAAAAUAAAACCAUGGACGAAGCAGUCUUCGGAUAAUGAGUCUCACAAGGAUGAUAGCGGUAUCAGCACCCAGUCACGGGCAAGCCUGUACACUGCUUCAUCAAUUAGUGACAUUCUUAGAGAUGAUGACAAUAGACAACAAAAUCAAACAGAAGCAAUAAAGAUACCAAGGGAGAAAACUGCCCUCGUUAUCAAGAGGAAAACAUUUGAUAUGUUGGCUUCCACUAAUCUGGGUUUGGAUAAUGAAAAUAAAGCCCUGACAUUGCCUGCGAUGACUUCAAUGGGAAACAGAAAAGAUUCAGAAAGGAAAAAACCUAAAACGUUGUUCAGAAGCCUCAGCUGUGAUGGCCUAUGGGUAGAUGAAAUGAACCAAAAGAGGAAACUAGAGACCUCAGAAAAGCCAACUCAAGAAGACAAUCUCAUGGCAACACAGUUACAAGCUAGAAUGAGUAUGUCUGCCACUCCUUCGGAAAUAUUUCGAAUUCUCCCAAUGAAGAUACAUUCGUUUUCCCAGAGCACUCCAACUGGACUUGAUUUUGUGGGCUGCGUGAGAAAUCUUACAUACCCAGUAAUCGCCGAUGGGUCACUUGACAGAACAACGCUUACUGAUGAUCUGGGAAGUGAUGAAGAUUUUUAUGAAGACCUGCAUGUAUCUAGUCAUCGGUACGGUGGAGGUGGGGAGCAGCUGGCAAUAAAUGAGCUCAUAAGUGAUGGCAGUGUGGUGUACGCAGAAGCCCUAUGGGACCAUGUCACUAUGGAUGAUCAAGAACUGGGUUUCAAGGUCGGCAGUGUCAUUGAAGUAAUGGAUGCCACAAAUAAGGAAUGGUGGUGGGGGAGGAUCCUUGACUGUGAAGGAUGGUUUCCAGCCAGCUUUGUGAGGCUUCGUGUAAACCAGGAUGAGCCAAUGGAAGAAUACAUCCCAAGGUCUGGGGAAAUAGACCAUGACUCUAGAAAUAUCUCCAGGCGUCAUGGCUUUGGACAGACAAACAAGGACCAAAUGAGGACCAAUGUUAUUAAUGAGAUCUUAAAUACAGAAAAGGAUUAUAUCAAACAUUUGAAGGAUAUUUGUGAGGGUUACAUUAAGCAGUGUCGGAAGCGAGCAGACAUGUUCACCGAGGAGCAGUUGUGGACAAUCUUUGGCAACAUUGAGGACAUCUAUAAGUUCCAGAAGAAAUUCCUGAAGACUCUAGAAAAAAGAAUUAACAAAGAUGCCCCACAUUUAAGUGAGAUUGGUGCUUGUUUUUUGGAAUAUCAAACAGACUUUCAGAUCUACUCAGAAUACUGCAACAAUCAUCCGAAUGCCUGCACAGAACUUUCCAAGCUGUCCAAGGUGAAGAAGUACGGGUAUUUUUUUGAAACCUGCCGUCUUGUACAGAAGAUGAUUGACAUCUCUUUGGAUGGGUUUUUGUUGACGCCAGUACAGAAGAUCUGUAAAUAUCCUCUCCAGCUUGCGGAACUUCUGAAAUAUACAAAUCCCCAACACAGGGACUUUGCAGAUGUCGAAGCAGCAUUGAAUGCCAUGAAAAACGUUGCUAGAUUAAUCAACGAGCGAAAGAGGAGACUUGAGAACAUUGACAAGAUAGCUCACUGGCAAAGCUCUAUUGAAGACUGGGAGGGUGAAGAUAUUCUCGCAAAAAGUUCUGAGCUUAUACAUUCCGGUGAAUUAACCAAGAUUUCACAUCUUCAGUCUAAAAGUCAACAGCGGAUAUUUUUUUUGUUUGACCAUCAGAUCGUGUACUGCAAAAAGGAUCUCCUUCGACGUGACAUUCUGUAUUACAAAGGAAGAAUUAAUACAGACGAGAUGGAAGUAAUUGAUGUUGAGGACGGUAAAGACAAAGAUUUCAACAUAAACUUGAAAAACGCCUUCAAAUUGCAAAGCAAAGUCUCAGAAGAGGUUCACCUGUUCCUUGCAAAAAAGCCGGAGCAGAAACAGCGUUGGCUGCAGGCCUUUGAUGAAGAAAGGAAGCAAGUUCUCCUGGAUGAGGAGACAGGUUUCAGCAUCAGUGAAAUACAGAGGAAACAGGCAAUGGUUAAUGCCAACAAGCCUGGCCCAGCAGGAAAGCCUAAAGCUGUUAAUCGGACAUACUAUGAUCUCUGGAUGAGACAGAAGCAUCCCACACUGCCUGCCAACCUCCCACAGCAGCAGGUCUUCAUGCUGGCUGAACCCAAGCGCAAACCCUCCAACUUCUGGCAGAACAUCAGCCGGCUGACUCCUUUCCGAAAAUAAAGGAAAGCUUUGUCUUUCACUCUCGCAUCCUGGACAAAGAAAGCACUUUACCCACAGUCCACAAAACAUAGUGCUUGGAAGCCCUGCCUUUUCUCCCGCGCACGGCCUGGCUCUGGCUGGUACAUUAUUUAAUAUUUUUGUUUUUAAAGAUUUGGACAUUUUGAACAUAUUUGUUGCUGCCAUUGCUGUGGUCAGGUGAUCAGUCUGGAGAAGUGUCAUUGUAGUUUCCUUUUGCCCUGUUGCCAGGAUUUGGGAAACCUAUGGGCCUCCGACUAUUACAGAACUAUCUCGACCACCACCUGCCUAGAAACACAGAACUGGACUGCAGAACAAGAACCAAGCGGCCCAUCUAGUCUGCCCAUUUUUUCAUAUUGUCAAAACCGCAAAACUCUAUAAAGUCCU